AAUGGGCAAAGGUGUACGCUUUUAUAUUCAGUUUACAAUAUUAUCGUUAUUUUUGGUAAAUAAACUUUACGCAGCAAGUGCAAAGAUGCGAAUAUGAGAUAUCGUCAUUAUAAUACGAAAUGCAUGUAGAAGAAGCAUAUUUCGAUGGUAAAAUACAUCACAUGUCAUGAAAAAUACAGAAAAUCAAAAACUGUUUUACAGAUUACAAUUCGUUAUCAUCGCUCCAGUAAAUUGUGAAAUUAGCACAUCCUAUCUUGUGGCUUAGGACGGCAGUGUAGCCAUCACUCUCUAUGACUCCCCACUGUUCGGCUUCAAUUUGUGCCUUUUGUUGUAUGGUCACUGGUGAAACGGGGAUCGAACGAUGUACAGUCUAAAGAAAAUAGAAUGGGGUACCUGAGGUAUGAAUUCCAGCACAGCGAUGUCCACCAUGACGGAAUGCUGCAAUGCAAGUUCUAGGAUGCAUGCCAAAUGACUGAGCUGUUUUGAUGGGUAUGCCGUAUCUUGGAGAAUCUUACACUUCGGACAGGAAGGACUGAUAGGAGGAAUCUAUCAAGUUUUGGCACACAAGUUUAAUUGGAUUUUUUAAUAAAGAAAUU